ACACACACACACACACACACACACACACACAUACGCACACACAUGGACACACAGUAACUGCCUGUGCCAGAGCCUGCCUGCGCUCUCAGCUCAAGCCCUCUUAAAGCUGUUUUUCUGCUGGAGAUCAGCGAGAGCUAACGACACACAGCUGCCUCUGCUGAAGACAGAAGGACAAGAGGAGAACAGAGCGAGGGGAAAAGAGGAGCAGGAGGGAGGAGAGGACAAGCACAAGAGGAAAGAAAACCACCAGCAGCCUCUGAACUUCUGUCUCUCCGGCGCUCCGGUGCAGUCAUUCUUCAGCAGGGAGUGUUUUCAGCUGUAGUUCAGGACUUUUUUGUAAGAGGGGGGUGGAAAAGAAGAGGAAAAGAAGAGGGGUUGGAGUUCACAUGACAUAAUCGGAGUGAAUGGGUUGCCAUGGUGACUCACCCAGGGAGCCUGACCCGUGCAGAGUGAAUGGAGGGAGCGCCUUGGACGCCAAGUGAACGAUAAACUAGCGGAGGGGAGUCACCAGAGAGAGACAGAGAGAGGAGAGGAGAGUGAAGGAGUGGUGGAUAGCAGAGGGAGCAGAAAGGAGCGGAGCAGAGGUCGAGAAUGGAGGACGGGUUUUCCAGCUACAGCAGCUUGUAUGACACCUCAUCACUGCUACAGUUCUGCAACGAUGACAGUGCGUCGGCAGCCAGCAGCAUGGAGGUUACCGACCGCAUCGCCUCCCUGGAGCAGAGGGUCCAGAUGCAGGAGGACGAAAUUCAGCUGCUGAAGUCUGCUCUGGCCGAUGUGGUGCGCAGGCUCAAUGUGUCCGAGGAGCAGCAGGCCAUGGGGUCACGCAGAGGACCCACCAAAGACCCUGCUUUGAUGAGAAAGUCUCCCUCAGCAGACAGCAAUGUUGGGAAGCCAGCCAGGCCAAUGAUCGCCACCCUGCCAUUACGGCCCACAGUUAACAACGGGACCAUCCUACCAAAGAAAGGCAGCGGCACUCUGCCCUCUCCAUCUGGAUCUGGGUCCAGGAAGGACAGCAACGCACCGGCCAGCAAGAGUCUGUCCUCUCUGUCUCGCCCUUCCAGAAUCCUCUACCUGCCGCUCAGCACUGUGAGGAGAGCCAACUCAAACGAACAUGUGGGAACUCUCACGCGGAAAGAUUCAGGCGACUCCAAGGGCAACCGAACUCGCGCCGGAUCCACCGGCAGCAAUUCCAGCAGCAAAAGAAGUGACAGCAAACAGAGGGAUCCAGUGUUCAAUGCAGGGAUGCGACGUGUGACCCACUGCAAAGAGGAAGGUUAUGUGAAAAUGUACUUGAAGGGCCGUCCCGUCACCAUGUACAUGCCCAAAGACCAGGUGGACAGCUACUGCCUGGAGGCCAAAGCCGAGCUGCCCAGCAACAAACUCAAAUUGGACUGGGUUUAUGGUUACCGCGGUCGAGACUGUCGCUCCAACCUUUACUUGCUGCCCACUGGAGAAACUGUGUACUUCAUCGCCUCAGUGGUCGUUCUGUUCAACGUGGAUGAGCAGCUGCAGAGACACUACACUGGGCACACAGAUGACAUCAAAUGCUUGGCUGUCCACCCCGAUAAAAUCACCAUAGCAACUGGGCAGGUGGCUGGCACCUCUUGGGAUGGAAAACAGCUGGCUCCUCAUGUCCGUGUGUGGGACUCUGUCAGCCUCAACACACUUCAUGUUCUGGGUGCAGGAUUCUUUGACCGAGCCCUGGUCUGCCUGGCUUUCUCCAAGUCGAAUGGAGGAAACACACUGUGUGUUGUUGACGACUCCAACGACCACGUCCUCUCUGUCUGGGACUGGCAGAGAGAGGACAGACUGGCUGAGGUCAAGUGCUCCAACGAGUCGGUGUUCGCUGCAGACUUCCACCCGACAGACAGCAACAUCGUGGUGACCUGUGGCAAAUCCCAUCUCUAUUUCUGGAACCUGGAGAAAGGCGUGCUGGUCAAGAAGCAAGGACUGUUUGAGAAACAAGAGAAGCCCAAGUUUGUGUUGUGUGUGACCUUUGCAGAAAAUGGAGACGCCAUCACAGGAGACUCAAGUGGGAACAUUUUGGUGUGGGGAAAAGGCACUAAUCGUAUCAGCCACGUCAUCCAAGGAGCUCACGAGGGCAGCAUCUUUGCUCUGUGCAUGCUGAGGAACGGCACGCUGGUGUCUGGAGGGAAAGACCGCAGGCUCAUCUCGUGGGACAGCGGCUACCAGCAGAUACAGACAGUGGAGGUGCCUGAGUUGUUUGGUCCCAUCCGGACCAUAGCAGAGGGCAGAGGGGAGACUGUGCUCAUCGGGACCACCAAGCACUUUGUCUUGCAGGGCAGUUUGGAUGGAGAAUUCGUUCCAAUUACACAGGGUCACACUGAUGAGCUGUGGGGUCUGGCUGUCCACCCCUGGAAGCCUCAGUUCCUCACCUGCGGUUAUGACAGGCAGGUCUGCCUGUGGGACUCAAGUUCCCAUCAGCUCAUCUGGACCAAGAGCAUGGAGGAUGCUGCCCAAUCAGCAGGCUUCCACCCAUCUGGAGCUGUGGUUGCCAUAGGAACGCAGACUGGCAGGUGGCUGGUUCUGGACACUGACUCUAAGGAUCUCGUCACAGUGCACACAGAUGGGAAUGAACAGCUGUCCGUCAUGUGCUACGGGCCAGAUGGUAACUUCCUGGCCAUCGGCUCCCAUGACAACUACAUCUACAUCUACGCUGUGGUGGAAAAUGGAAGGAAGUACAGUCGAGUGGGAAAAUGCUCGGGCCACUCUAGUUUCAUCACCCAUCUGGACUGGUCAGUGGACUCCCAGUACCUGGUGUCUAAUUCAGGGGACUAUGAGAUACUGUAUUGGAUCCCGUCAGUGUGUAAACAGGUGGUCAGUGUGGAGACCACCAGAGACAUAGAGUGGGCCACCCACACCUGCCCUCUGGGUUUCCAGGUCUUUGGCUUGUGGCCCGACGGCUCAGACGGCACCGACAUCAACGCUGUCUGCAGGUCCAAUGAUAAGAGCCUCCUGGUUACUGGGGACGACUUUGGGAAGGUCCACCUGUUCUCACACCCCUGUUCACAGUUCAGGGCUCCCAGCCAUGUUUAUGGCGGCCACAGCAGUCACGUGACCAACGUGACUUUUCUGCAUGAUGACAGCUACCUGGUGUCAACUGGAGGGAAGGACAUGAGCGUGAUUCAGUGGAGGAUAGUCUGAGGAGUCGACUGAAACAGAUACUGUUGGUUUCUUACUGCUGCUGGGGCCUGAACCCCAGCUGAAGCGAACUGAACUGAACUGAACUGCACUAAACUGAACCAAACCAAACUUAAAUUAACUCAGAUGCUAAAAAAAAGGUGGAUCUACCUGAACUGAAGUGAAUUGACAGAAGAGGAACUCAAGGUUUUUCUUCCUGAUCUGAGAUGAACUGAUGGACGUGUUAAAGUGCGGUUGCAAUACAAAAAAAAUAAUAAUUCCUGAAUAUUUCACCAUUUCUUUGUUCACACUACAUGUACAAAAGCAAAUUUUCCACGUACUGUAGCCAAGUCACCAAUGACACAAGACAAAACAAAUCGGAUUGAAUCCAACUAAACAGAACCAAAGGCUCUGACUUUCUGACUGCAUCUGUAUCAUUUGGCUUUCACUGUUCUUGUAUCGUGUGCACUCCUGCCACAGAUAACGGACUGAAGAGGUUCCAGACUGAGUAUCGCCACCGUGCUGGAGAUCCAAGAGCAUUGGAGCAAAAAAACUGUAUGAAAAGGAAGGAAGAACAUAGUGAUUUUCUAAUUGUUAAACUUUCUUUUGUUUUGUAUUUAACAACUCAGGAAAGCACUAGUGAAGCGGGACUCCUCCCUGUUACUAACAGUGACACAUCGAAACGAGCCCUGAACACAUCUCACUAAAACAAUAAUUAGAUUCAGCUGUCGUCCAGCCAUUACUGACUCAUUUGCCUCAUAGUGUAUGAAAUCAACCCAUACAGUCUGGGCAAAUGCUGAAAUUGGUGGACAUGAUAAUUAGAUACAGCAAGAUCCAGUCAGAUGUGACGUCACCUAAACUACGAUCAUUUAAGGAAUAUCAGCAUUCAGAGUUAGGAAUCAUUUUCUACGACAUUAUCUGAACAUGUUCUACGUUUUUGUGCUUCCAGGUCUUUAAUAAAAGGCACCUUUCCAAUUAUUUAUACAUCAUGAGACAAAUCCUUCACUGCCACUUUCAGUUCCUUGAGUUUUCCCCCGCAACAAAUCCCCGUUUAGUCCCAGAUGUGUAAAUAUACUGAGAGGCUUGAAAUAGACACAAGCAAAAUAAGGGUGCAUAUACAGCAUUUGAAACUGUUUCACAUUUUUUGGGAUGCAUUGUGUGUUUCCUUUGCCUUGAGGUGCAGGGAAAAUGAAAAGCAUGUAUUGGGGAUUUUUCAACAAUGUGAAGCCUUUUCAAAUCUGUAUGUAUCUGUUUCGGGAAGAGGAAGGAUGAGACCAUUACACUGUAACUGUUUACGUCUGAUGUGCUCCUCAGUCGUGCAUCAUCAGUCACUGGCGAGAUAUUUAACUGACUGACUGAGUAAUGCACUGCUUCAACCUGAUGAACAUGCAGCAGGUGUAUUCACCUGCACAACACAACAAGCAAAUCACCAUUUAGUACUUACCGAAGCUUUUCGUGAACCAAUGAUGUCUGCUUUCAACCUUCCGAGCUGCGUUCUGUCCGUACACCUACUGUACAUCACACUCCUCAUCUUAUGGUUAACACUAGGACAAUAUUACACACGUGCAUGAAUAAAUAAGAUUUCUCUGACAGGGGUUCAGCAGAGUUUUAGUAUGAUCAUAACUGCCACUUAUAUCUGAGGCAUGUUGGUGUUGGGUUGAUGGUUGGAGUUGUCCUAUCAGGAAAACCACUGAACUUUAACAGCAGUAAUAUGAAGUCACCACUCUACAGAGUGAAUGUAACGUGAUUUGUCUUACCACUAAACACUUGGGGCUGCAGAAUACCAUUGAACAUUUAACAUUUGUCUGGAAGUAAAUGCAACAUGAAAUUCCUA